UCCCGCCUCCUUUCCAUUGCAGCCUUCUCGUGCACAGCCUGCGUAGCGGUGACUUUCAUUCGCGGUACUUUCAUUUCAGGGUGUUCAUUUGUAAAUGGCCAUGACUUCUGUUAAGAAGAUAGCGUUAUUUGGUGCCACAGGGAACACAGGGCAAGCGAUAUUAGCGUCCGCGGUGGAGCACGGUUAUGAGGUGACAGUGCUUGUGAGGGAUCCAUCCAAGCUUCCUCCCGGAGUUAAGGUGUGCAGGAUAGUGCAGGGUGACGUACUAAAUGCAGACGUGGUUGAGACUACCGUAAAAGGCCAAGAUGCGGUCAUUGUGGCUCUGGGAACAAGGAACGAUCUCUCACCAACUACAAUGUUGUCAGAAGGACUAAAGAACAUUGUGGCAGCCAUGGAGAAGCAUGGCGUCAAACGAAUCUCUUGUAUCAUAUCAUCUUUCCUCUUUUGGGAACGGUCCAAGGUCCCCGCUCAGUAUAAAGAUAUCACUGAAGACCAUGAGCGCAUGUAUGAAGUGAUCAAGGCCUCUCAGACAGAGUGGAUUGCCGCAUUUCCGCCUCACAUAGCAGAUGAACCAGCACGAGGAAACUACGUUCUGCGCAGUGAGGCACCGGUAGGAAGGGUCAUCACAAAGCAAGAUCUGGCUGAAAUUAUGAUCAAAGUUCUGACCAUGGAUGAGUACGUUGGACACGUCAUUGGAAUGGGCUACCUGCCGACUGAAAAGCCCAAAUGACACUGAGGAGCCGUCCACAAGAACUAUAAGAAGAAAGGGGGUUAUUUGUGGACAAAAAGUGCCAGGAACAUGCAAUAUGACGUCACGAGUGUUCCGAACACGUCCAUAGGCGAUUGACCCCUCGUUCAGGGAGUUGUGUAUUUAGUUGAACUUGGUGCAGUAGCUCGGAAGCUUAUGGGAACAGAGGUGGCAAGUUGUCAAGCUCUGAUGUCGACGACUUGAGCGACGCCAAGCUAAUGGUCACACCUGGUAUGGCUCAAGCGGGACUUACAAACGGCUUUUCAAUUCAUUGAGGACAGUGGUGAUAAGUAGCAGGCUCUACGUGUUGCCGACGUUUUGCUAUGGUUAAAGCAACGUGCAACGAAGUAUACCUGUAAGCAGGCACUCAUUCAGGAAAUUUUCAAUAAAUCUCCAUCAUUGUUUUUGCUAUUCCCUUGGUAUUCGAUAAUAUGGACGACUCGCUUUAUGGACGAUUUUGGUCGGGGAUGAAAGUGUCCAUAUUAAUGAGGCAAUACUGUAUACUUAGGGAGUGACUUUUUCGGGUUAAACCAGAUUCCACCUGGUUAUUCCCCCCCUCCCCGAACUGACCUCCGACCAAUUCGGGUUAAACCCAAUUUCUCCCUGAUUUCCGGUCACUAUGGAAUCCUCAAGUGAUGUUUCCACUAAAGCUGAACAAAGGUCGCCACGUUUAACACAUGUAAGAAUAGGUCACUUACGUUCCCAGGAAUACACCCAUGUGUGUCAGCACGGUCAGCCUUCGGGGAUUAGCGCUGUUAGGUCACCCCCCCCUAACCCCAAAGAAAAAAAAUAAUAUUAGGACAGGACUUAAUAGACGAGGAGAAACACCCGAUGACACAAUUAUUGCCCAAUUUCUCCCCGAAUUAGAUUUAAAAUUAGUGCCCGAUUUUUAUCCCCCGAAUCUAUGAAAGGCAUUUAACCCAAAAAAGUCACUCCCUAAGUAUACUGCACUUUAUUGUGGUGCUGUUACUUUAAGAGGCAGCAAAGCAUCUGCAGGGUGUGAAUUUUAACAUUCCUUGAAUGCAGGAAAAGUUUUGAAUCUCCAAAUAAAUUGUACAACGUUGA